AUGUGUCACGCUCGCUGCUUUGGCUCUCGUCUGCCUCACCUGCCUUGCGCUGGUGCCAGUUUGGAAAUUAGAUUAAUAGAGACCUUCUUGUCAAUGACAAUGCUGUGGUCAAAACUCGCUGCCGUUCUGCCUCCUAAUGAGGAUGAGUUUCUCCUGCAAUCCUCUGACAAAGUAGACUCAAGUGUGGUGGAAAUGCUCACACGGUGCAGGCAGCAGCUGUACAAUGACACCACGAGUGACCGGCUUUUGCUCACGGCGCAGAUCAUUUUGGACUUUUCCUGGGAGAAACUCAACACUGGCACUUGGAGAGAUGUGGACAAAGAGUGGAGACGGGUGUAUUCCUAUGGAUGUCUGUUUAAAGUGGCCGCGCUUUGUCGUCAAGAGCCAACCAAAGACGAGCUGCAGCAGGCUGUCAAGAUCUGUGACAUGGCUUUACUUAUGGGAGCUGCCAUAAUGAAUGAUAUACUUCAAAGUCUUGUCAAAAUACUGCAAAGCGAAAUUAGGAUAAACACCCCAGAAGAAAGUGACAACAACCAAGUUCAUGCCAAGAGACUGAAGAUUGACUUGCCACAGUGCCCACGCAUUCCUGUGAUCAAAGACGACUUGGCAAUUCCCAGAGUAAAGUGUCCAUCGCUGGAGAGCUUUAAGUCCAACUACCUCCUCCCACUAAAACCUGUUAUUUUGGAGGGCACUAUUGACCACUGGCCUGCGCUUAAUUAUCAUCCCUGGAGCAUAGAUUACCUGCGCAGUGUUGCCGGCUGCAGAACCGUUCCUGUGGAAGUGGGAUCCCGAUACACUGACGAAGAGUGGUCUCAAACUCUCACUACGGUCAAUGAAUUCAUUGAUAAGUUCAUUUUAAACAAAGAUCAAGGGAAAGGUGUGGGUUAUCUCGCUCAGCACCAGCUUUUUGAUCAGAUCCCGGAGCUGAAGGAGGACAUCCGCGUCCCUGAUUACUGUUGCCUUGGCGACACAGAGGAGGAGCACAUCACGGUGAACGCGUGGUUUGGACCCAGAGGCACGGUUUCGCCGCUGCACCAGGACCCGCAGCAAAACUUCUUGGCGCAGGUGGUGGGAAGCAAAUACAUUCGCCUUUACUCCCCGGAGCACACAGACAACCUCUACCCUCAUCCAUCAUCGCUGCUCCACAAUACCAGUCAGGUGGAUGUGGAAAACCCUGAUAUGGAGCGGUUCCCUGAGUUUGCAAAGGCGCCGUAUCUCGAAUGUGUGCUGCGGCCGGGAGACGUGCUGUUCAUCCCUGUCCAACACUGGCACUAUGUCCGCUCGCUCCAACUCAGCUUCUCUGUCAGCUUCUGGUGGACAUAA